AUGGCGCCCCUCGUCUGGCUCGUAACCGGCUGCUCCUCCGGCUUCGGAAGAGAAUUCGUCCAUGAGAUUCUCAAGCGCGGCGACAAAGUCAUCGCCACAGCCCGUCGACCAGAAAGCAUCGAAGACCUGAAGAGAACCGGCGCCGCGGUGCUCCAACUGGACGUCACCUGGGACCAGAAGCGCAUCAACGAGACCAUCAACCAUGCCAUUGCAAUCUAUGGCCAGCUCGAUGUUCUCGUCAACAACGCUGCGUAUGUCCUGGGAGGCGCUUGGGAAGACCUUUCGUACGAAGACUUUCGUGACGCCUUUGAGACAAACGUCUUUGGUCCUCUCAAAGUCACAAAGGCCGUGCUCCCCCACAUGAGAGCCAGAAAGACCGGCACCAACAUCUUCAUCAGCUCCAUCGCAGGCUGGAGCGGAAUGGAGUUUAACGGAGGCUACGCAGGCACCAAGUUUGCCCUUGAAGGCAUGGCUGAGAGCCUGCACCGAGAAGUCCGGCCCCUCGGCCUCCGCACCCUCAUCAUCGAGCCCGGCUUCUUCAGGACCGACCUGCUCUCCCAGGGAAACCUCAAGACCACAGAGUCCAGCAUCCCAGACUACGCCGAAGCGUCCAAAGCCUUCAACCGGCUCCUUGCGGAAAAGAAUCACGCGCAGGCUGGUGAUCCGAAGAAAGGAGUCGCUGUUGUUGUGGACCUUGUCCGCCAGGAGGGCGUUGCCGAGGGCAGGGAGGUCCCUGUGAGGAUGGCACUUGGGCAGGAUGCAUAUGAGCUUAUCAAGGGCAAGUGCAGCAAGACGAUUGAUCUGUUGGAGCAUUGGAAGGAUGUGAUUUCCAGCACUGAUUUGCAGGAAUAA